AUGCGCGGCGCUGAGCUUUGCUCGGACGACGUUGCCUUUAUUGAGGAGAUCCACAGGAGCUCGGGCGGUUCUGUCUACGCUGGGCGUGAUCGCCGCACCGGGGCGGCUGUGAUUCUCAAGGAGCGGCUGAAACCUGAGCUGGGGUCCGGUGCAUCGCUCGCGCACGAGCUUGACCUGUACGCGCGGCUCCCGCGCCAUCCGCACAUUGUCGAGUGCUGUGGUCACUUUUGGAAGGGCAGCGGCGCCGACGUCACUGCGGGCUGGGCAUCGGAUGGGAGGCGCUCGCGCGGCGGCUGCGUCAGAGGAGGAGCCAGACUCGUGCUCGUCCUUGAGGCGGCGCCACUGGGCGAUCUACACGAGCUUGUGCAGUCGCGGCGCAGGCUCGGAGGCGUCCCGCUCGCCGAGCGGUUCAUCUGCUCGCUCUUCACGCAGAUUGCCUCUGCAGUCGUGCACUUGCACGCCCACGGUGUCGUCCAUCGCGACCUCAAGUCUUUGAACGUCGUGCUCUUUGCCGAGGCGGACGCCGUAGCCACUGCCCGCGGUAUCCUGAGGAGAGAGGAAGACGCCAUGUGGCAAGACGUGGGCAGCUCCGGCGAGACGUACCGCUCUGUCCCCAUCGGUGCCAUCCGAGCCAAGAUCUGCGACCUCGGCGUCUCGCGGGCCAGAUCGAACGACACCGUCUACUUGCAAACCUUUUGUGGCACGCCUGCCUACCUAGCUCCCGAGAUUGUGGGCUCACGGCCGUACACAGAGGGUGCGGACGUGUGGUCGCUCGGUGUGCUCCUCUACGAACUCGCCGCGUUGUCGCUGCCCUUCUUCGGGCGCAGCGUGCGCGAGGUGUCGGACCUGAUUGCACGUGGGAAGUUCGCACCGCUACCCCCAACCUACUCGGCGGGGCUGGUUGGGCUGGUCAGUGCGAUGCUUCAGCUCGAUUUGGAUCGGCGGCCCGAUGCGCAGCGGGUCCUGGAGUGGGCGAAAGGGCUGGAGCUGGACCGCGCUGCUCAAGCUGCGCCGAGCGAGGCCGCACCCGCACCAGGCGACCAUUCGCUCGGCCACGGGGCGCCCCGGGAGGACGCUAAGCAUAGGGAGACGGCGCCUCCUCGCGAAGGGAAGUUUGAGCGGUACCGGCGCGAGUUCGAGGAGCGGCAGCGCUGUGCGGCCGUGGAACGGAAUGCCACUGAGGGCGUCACGGGUGGGACGGCGGACAUUCUGGUCAUGGAGGAGGCGCCUCGCGCAGAGGAGGCAGCUCGGGAGCGAGAGGCUUGUGCAGAGGCGCCGCGAGCGGGACGCAUCGCUCUCGUCAUGCGGCAGCUGCCAGACGCCCACUUGCGAGGUCCGCGCGGCUGGGGUCGGCACGAGGGCGGCUUGGGGUGGCCGGGGACGGAUUCGAUCUGA